GGAAGAGCCAGGAUGCAGCUCGCUGCCCUCCAUCAAAGCGCUGUGCUGAAUGAGGCGUAGCUGAGCGGGACGUCUUUGCAGGAGUUCUGGGGAUUUAUUAGCGCUAAAGCGGAGGACUAUAACGGAUAUACAGAGAUGUCUCUCCAUAACAACUCAUCUGCCGGUAACUGGUCAGACGAAGAAUAUUAUGAUGAUGACUAUUAUGAUGAUGUCCAUGCAGAGCUCAGGAAGUCCCUCAACAUCAUGUCACUCAUAGUCUACUGCCUAGCCUUUGUGCUCGGGGUCUUUGGGAACGGCAUAGUGAUCUGGGUGUCUGGAUUCAGGAUGAAGAAGACGGUGAACACAGUCUGGUUCCUCAACCUAGCCGUGGCAGACUUCCUUUUCACUGCCUUCCUACCUCUCAGCGUGGCCUACACCGCCAUGGACUUCCACUGGCCUUUUGGCCGCUUCAUGUGUAAACUCAACAGCACUCUCAGCUUCCUCAACAUGUUCGCUAGCGUGUACAUCCUGGUGGUGAUCAGCAUUGACCGUUGCGUAUCUGUGGUGCGCCCCAUAUGGGCACAGAACCAUCGCAGCGUCAGUCGAGCGUCUGUGCUGAGCUUAGGUGUCUGGGUGUUUGCUCUGAUCUUGAGUUCUCCCUACUUCGUCUUCAGAGACACUGCGCCAGAGGACGAAAACGAGAACGUGAUCAACUGCUUCAACAACUUUGUCUUCUCCAACGACAACGAGACAGCAGAGGUGGAGGACCUCCGCCUUCUACGACACCGUGCCAUGAUCAUCACACGCUUCUUGCUGGGGUUUGUCGUGCCUUUUUCCAUCAUCGUCUCCUGUUAUGCGGUCAUCAUCCAUCGGCUCAAAAGAAACCGAUCCAUGUCUGGCCGUACUGGGCGCCCAUUUAAGAUCAUCGCUGCCGUGAUCACCGCCUUCUUCCUGUGUUGGGCUCCGUACCACAUCCUGAUGCUGAUCGAGAUGGCUAACCACUUGGCAUCUAACUACAGCCCCACCCUGGAGCAUGUCACCACCAUUGGCAUUCCUAUAGCCACCAGCUUGGCUUUCCUCAACAGCUGCCUGAACCCACUCUUGUAUGUGUUCAUCGGUCAGGAUUUUAAAGACAAGGUGCGCAAAUCGGUCCUGAAGGUUCUGGAAACGGCUUUCACCGAGGAGGUGUCUCGCACCAACACCUGCACAAAUUCCAUGAUUACCAGCCGCUGCAAGGAGCAAGGGAGUAAAUCUUUUUCCGAUGCCGAGGUGUAAAGACACGCAAAUGCGUAUAGAAGAGGACAUACUAUAGGGUUGUUUGGUCUGUGUAAUGCACCAUCAUAAGUAACCUGGAAAAGCCAUGCCUUUUACCAAACAUCUGAGGUACAAUUUUAUUUGGCCAGUGGCCCAAAGACAUUGCUUGAUGACUGCUUCUGUUAAAGCAGAUGAAGAUGUAACUGGAAGAUGAAGAAACAUGACUGGAUCCUGCGAUGGACUAGGGCAUGUCCUGCCUUCCGCCCAAUGACAGCUGGGAUAAGCUCCAGAACCCCCCGCGACCCAGAAGGAGAAGCAACUUAGAAUAUGGGUAUGACUGGAUCCUCUUAAUGGAGCAUGAGAGGUAUAAUAUGCAUGAGAGGUAUAAUACAUAUGAAGGAUGCAUAAAGAACAGGGCUGUUGAAAAGUGGCACUGUCAGUUGCAAAUAUCCAAAGUGUUGGUAGUAAACAGCAAGGCAAUUCAUGUCUCACAUUCUGGUUUAUGGAACAGUGCCUAUGGUAAUAAAUAACACAUGAAAAAUA